GGUAGAUAUCUGGUCUUUGGGAGUGACCCUAUACAACUGCCUCACAGGGGCAUUGCCGUUCCAGGCUCAGACCAUGGAGCAGCUCAUGGACAAGAUCAUGAAGGGCAAAGUGUGCUUUCCCGACCACGUGUCAAAAGAGGCCCACGAAUUGAUACAGGGCAUGCUCACAGUCAACUGCGGUGAUCGCAUCCGCAUGCACGAUGUCCUUAGUUCGGUAUGGCUAACCAAAGGGGGCGUGGCUCGUGUGCCCGACUUCUCCAUCCCACGCGAUCUCCCCAUUGAUGCACCUGACCCAGAAGUUUUGGCCGCAGUCCAGAACUUUGGGUUCGAGGACGACGAGCUCAACCGGACUACACUGGCGAAACCCGAGAACAGUGUGAUCAAAAGCGUGUACUGUCUUCUCAUAGAAGCGACCGCGCGAGAAACACAGACACGGUAUAUUGAGGAGGCGAAGGCUGAGCGCAAGGCGAGCGCUGUGUAUACAACCAUGGGCACCAAAAGUGGACUAACCGUGGAAGAUCGAUCUCUGGGCGAGAGGAUGCGAGAUAUGCUCCUGUCACCUAUUGCG